AAUACUGUUGAAUUUCAGACAACACAAAAAUCCUCGACGGUUGUCAGUCACUCAAUCGUCUCUUUCUCUUGUACAUAAUAUAAUUGUAUAAUGUACACUGGACAUUGCCAUGACAUAUUAAAUCUCUUCACUUAUUGUUAGUCGUCGCAAGACGAUUCGAGUUACACGUCGAUUCAACAUUUUCGUUUCGUUACACAAUUUCCGGAGCGAGUGAAAACAAUGGAAAACGACUCACCGAACUUGUUUGACAGCGAACCGAUAUCUGUAAAUUUAACUUUUCCCGAAAGCACAGGCCACGACAACGUCUUGACUGAGAUACUAGAAGAAAUACGUGAAGACGAUCGCAAACCGUCUGUCAUAGAAAAUGCCAACCAGAAGACGGACUCUAAUGUCAACGAACCACCUGUUGAUAAUAUCGAAUAUCACACUGACGAUUCGGAUGACGAAAAUGACCUCCCGGCCGACGAUUUGCCGGUGGACGCCGAUCCAGAUCAGUCAACUGAAUUGCAGAAAGAUAAUUCCCCAAAUGCCAAGACAAAAGAUACCCACAAAGGAUUACCUCCAGGCCGCGUGAAGUUGAUCAUGAAAAUGGACCCGGACGUCAAUAUAGUAUCUGGUGAUGCAGUGUUUCUGCUCACAAAGGCGACGGAGCAAUUUGUUGGGCUUUUGGCGCAACAUUCUCACAAAGUGAUGGUAGCUACCAACAAAAAAACAUUGCAAAAAAAGCAUAUCGACACUGUGAUUGAAGACAGUGUACCGUUUGAAUUCUUAGAAGGCGCAUUAGAUUGGUAAAAUCAUUUUGAUUAUGUAUAUAUUUUUCCUUUAUAAAUUUUGUAUUAUAAGAAAAAUAAAUUGAAUAUAUUUAUAUAAUAA